UCUUAUUGACAGCAGCGCCGUAGACAGGAUGAGCGUCGUGACGCUCAAGCCGUUCCCGACGGCGACGUUCACGGCGCAGUGCUUUGCGGACGCGGCCAAGAUCUCGCCCGGCUGCUUCGCCAAGGCCGGCGCCGACCUGAGCGAGUGGGUCGACGCAUGCACGAACCUCACGAUGGCCGUCGUGCUCGCCAACGCGGACAAGCGCGCAGCCCAGGACGAGCCGUGCUACGCGUCGCCGCCCAAGCUGCCGUUCGCGUACCUCGACUCGGUCACGCACUACGCCAAGACCAUCGAUAUGUCGGGCCAUGGCAUCGCGAGGCUGGGCAACAUGCAGCGUCGCUUUGACGUCGCCCUUAUCGUUGAAGACUUGUCGCUCGCCAAGAAUGCGCUCACUAGCAUGUCCAACGCGACGCCCUUUGCCGACUCGCUCAAGACACUGUCGCUCGCACACAACGAGAUUGCGUCGUUGACGCAGCUUGUGGCCUCGAACCUCAAGACUCUGAACCUGAGUGCGAACGCGUUAUCGACGCUGCCGCCCAACGCCUCGAGCCUCUUUCCCCCGCGACUCGAAGUGCUCGAUCUCUCGCACAACGCCAAGCUCCAGAGGCUCGACCACGUUCUGUUUCCGUCGACGCUCACCACCUUGUACCUCGACGGCAACGCGAUCGAGAGCCUGCAUCUGUGCAACUUUGUCGACCUCAAAACACUGUCGCUGGUGGACACCAAAAUUGCGCACUUGACCAUCUCGAUGGCGCAGUACAACACGGUCUUCCAGUCGCUCGACGUCAAGAGCAGUCUCAAAACAGAGGUCACGUCCAGCGACUGCACGAACGGGUCGCGUCAAAAGCUACCAAGCGGCAUCGCCGUGUGCGUCGACGGUCUCUCCGAGGGCUUGAGUGACACGGCGUAUGCACUCAUCGGUGUCGCCGUCGCCGUCGUCGUGGCGGGCCUGAGCCUCUUUGUGUACCGCCGGUACCGCCGGGCGCGGAAGAAGGGGCCAGCGUUCUCGUUCUCGGCGCUCGCGAAUCAAACCAACCGCGACAUGGCGUCCGCGCGGCCACUGCCACCGGCGCAUCAUAUGCUCGACAAGCACGGCGACCAGCAGAUCGGCCUCGGCGGGCGGCCGCGCGAGCUCACGGCGCUCGCCACCGGCGCCGACAAGGGCUCGGACAUUCGGUUUGAUCCAAACUUUCAGCGCUUCCGGAUCGACCACAAGGAGAUUGUGAUGCAGCAGACGAUCGCAUCGGGCGGCUUUGGGGUCGUGUACCUUGCGAGGUACCACUCGAUGGACGUGGCCGUCAAGCGCAUGCUGCCGUCGGCCGUCGAGGGCAACAGCGACGGCGUCCGCGAUUUUAUGGACGAAAUCCGACUCUGCGCGCAGCUCGACCACCCCCACAUUGUGCGCUUCAUCGGCGUCUCGUGGAGCACGCUCAAGGACCUCAGUGCAGUGCUCGAGUUCAUGCCCAACGGCGACCUCGCCACGCUCGUCCGCGCCAAGGACGACGACGACUCGCAGCGGUCGUCGGCCGCCCUCAAGCUCGUGUGGCCGGCGCAAACGUCUGUGAAAACGUACUCCAAGGUCCAAGUGCUCAGCGACGUGAUUGCGGGCCUGAGCUACCUCCAUGAGCUCCACGUGAUCCACCGCGACCUCAAGGCCAAGAACGUCCUCCUCGGCGCGCAGUUUGAAGCCAAGCUCAGCGACUUUGGCACGAGUCGCCAAGUCGUCAUGGAUGCGACCAUGACGGCCGAGAUUGGCACGAUUGCGUGGAUUGCGCCCGAGAUUCUCAAAGGCGACCGGUACAGUGAGAGCGCCGACAUGUACUCGUUCGGCGUCCUCCUCUCCGAAGUCGACACGGGCGAGAGUCCGUAUGGCAACGCUGUCUCGACCAACGGCACGGCGCUGCCCAAGCCCGUGAUCGCCAUGAUGGUCAUCGAAGGCGAGCUCCGACCGAGCUUCACGGACGAGUGCCCGCCCGAAGUGCUCUCGAUCGCACAGCGCUGCCUCGACAACGACCCGCGACAACGACCAAGCGCACUGGACGUCGGCCGCCUCCUCACCAUGAUGCUGCGGUCGCAGACGUACGCCAUGUGAUUAUGAACAACACAUCCUC